UUUGAAGAAAAUAGCAUGUUAUUUUCACCGAGGUGGCGCCUGGCAAGACCGAGACCAGUCAGACCUCUUCACUUCACUUCAAAACAGACAGCUGAGGCGGAGGAAGAGGACGCCAGGAUGGGGGAGAAGCUUUUGGCCACGAGUGGAGACACCAUCAAGCUGUGGAAUGCCUCUACCUAUGCAUUCUGUGAAGAGAUUCCUUCUGAGAGUGGUCAUGUGAGCAGACUGGCAUGGAAUCAGGAUGGGCAGUGUUUGGCAAGCCUCAGUGACUCGGGGAAAGAAAUCCACUUCUCGGCUAUCUGUGGGAAGUCCAGGGCAAACAUUGGUGUUAUGCGAGGGAUUGAAUCUCCAACAUGUCUGGACUUUGCGUCACGCUGCUCACAUUACCUGGGUGUUGGGAGUGCCUCGGGACUGGUGACUAUCUGGAAUGUCAAGUCUCAUUCCAAGAAGAAUGUUUUUGCACCCACCGACCAAGCCAUCAACAGGAUCGCCUUCAGCCUGAGUGACUCCCACAUUGCAGCAGCUACCAAGAAGGGAACACUCUACAUGCUCUCCGUCCUCAACAAACUGACUGCCGGCCCUUACAAGAUCUUCAAUAAUCAGGUGGUGACAGAUCUGACCUACAGCAGAGUGAAGAAGUCCUUGCUUGGCUGCUGCUCUGAGGGAGGAGCCGUCGCCUUGUACGACACACACGCCAACAAGGUGGUGCAUUCUUUCCCUGACGCCCAUUCCUUUGCAGUCAACGCCAUCUCCUUCUCCCCUGUCAAUGAGUUCCUUAUGGUCUCAGUUGGCUAUGAUAAGAAACUCUGCUGCUUCAAUGUACAAAGCAAACAGCCUGUCAUGACACACCGCAGCUCAGCACCGCUCACCAGCAUCGCCUUCCUGAGCAUGGGGCAGCUGGUGGCUCUGGGCACGAUGACAGGAGAGGUGCUCAUCCACGACAUGCGUACCAUCAACACUCCUCUGGCCACCCUGAAGGCACACAAAUCUGCUGUCACCAAUGUACUCCUGCAGCCCUCCAUAAGGUCAAAGAGUUCCAGCAACAGCAGGAGUGGGCAGAGGAGCGGUGCAACGUGUUCCAUGCCUGUUCCCUCGCAACGGCCAGUGAAGUCCUGUUCUGACAACCCCAGUACAAUGAGUCCCGAGAUGGAGGCCAAGCCGGAGUCUGUGCCUGAAACUGGUGCCUUCGAUCUUAGUGUUUUUUCACCAGUCAGGGACACAAAUCUCCCCAGCCACGUACAAGUGCAGGUUUCUGAGGGAGACACUCUUAAUAACAUCCCUGACUUCAAGAUUGAUGUCCCAGUGGAGAGUGCCUUCCUCCAGAGUCUGCUUUCUCCCGUCCGCACCACAGACCUGCACAACAACCAUCACUCACCCUCAGCCCACCACAUGGACAUCAAUGAAGACAAUCUACUGUCCCCAGUUAGAGACACUACCAUCAAUGCAGGGAAUGAAAUUGCCUUGGAAUCACCCAUCCUGCAGCUGAAGUCCCCCUCUGCCAUGGAGAUGAGCCCCACUCCAACAGACAUCACUGACAAGGAGAACAUUGAACCCUUAACUGCUGUGGCCAAGGAUCAGAGCCCAGCAACACAGCAAACAGACAGUAAUGUGCCAUCACCAGCAACCCACAGCCCUGCAACACUUGAAGACAGAAACAGAAGCAAGGGAAUUAACUCCUCCAUUUGGAUCUCUCCAGCCCCACCAGUGAGCAUUCCCUUCACUACUCCAUCCAGGAUCAGUCCACCCAAGAAGAGACAACUGCUGCGGCCUGUGCGAGCUUCUGAUCUUGCCCCAAACACUCCAACGCAGCUCCAGACUGCUGUUGAUGAACCUGCUCCUGCUGCUGCUUCAGAUGUCCCUGCUGCCAGUAAUGGAGUCCCUCAGCUGCAAAUUGACUUGAUUCGCAGCUGCAUGGUUGACGUGUUGGAGGAGUUCCAGGACGACAUGAACAGCAGACUGAUGCACCUGCAAUAUAUCAUCACCAAAAAGUUUAUUCAGCAACAGGAACUGAUGGAGAAGUUGCACCAGCAGUACUCCCUCAACGAAGAGGUCAUGAAGGAGAAUGAGAGUUUGCGGCAGCAGCUGGCUCGCCUGCAAGCAAAGUACUAAUGAAGCCACGUGUGUAUGUGUACUCAAGUAGAGUACUAGAAGGAAUUUUGCAUUUAUUUUGAAUGCCUCAAAAGAAUUUUCAGCUCCUGAUUGGAGUUGGAUUUUUAACUAUAUGAAGAGCUUUCAUGUUUAUUUUAUUUACAAAUUAAUGUAUAUUUGUGUAUAUUAAAAAAUAUUUUACAAAAUAAAAUGGUAUAAUAUGCAU